AUGUUAAAUCUAGAUGAGACUAUUGAGAAGAUCAAACUAUGCAAACAUAUCCCGGAGGAAGAUGUCGAAGAAUUGUGUACCAAAGUAAUUGAACUAUUGAUUGAAGAAGCCAAUAUACAGCAUGUGGAUACUCCUGUGACGAUCUGUGGGGAUAUUCAUGGACAAUUACAUGAUUUAUUAACUUUGUUUAAAACAGGUGGAGAAUGUCCAACAACUCAAUAUUUAUUCUUAGGAGAUUUUGUUGAUCGAGGGUUUUAUUCAUUAGAAAGUUUUUUAUUAUUAAUGAGUUUGAAAGUUCGUUAUCCUGAUCGUAUUACUUUGAUUAGAGGUAAUCAUGAAUCAAGACAAAUCACUACUGUAUAUGGAUUUUAUGAUGAAUGUGUUCGAAAAUAUGGAUCAGUAAAUGUGUGGCGAUAUUGUUGUGAAGUAUUUGAUUAUUUAUCAUUAGGAGCUAUAGUAGGUGGUAAAGGGGGAGUAUUUUGUAUUCAUGGAGGUUUAAGUCCUGAUAUUGAAUCAAUUGAUCAAAUUCGAAUUUUAGAUCGAAAACAAGAAGUACCUCAUGAAGGUGGAAUGUGUGAUUUAUUAUGGUCCGAUCCUGAAGAAGUUAGUGGAUGGGCUAUAAGUCCAAGAGGAGCCGGAUUUUUAUUUGGUGAGAAUGAAGUUAAUAGUUUUUUACAUACUAAUAAUAUCUCGUUAAUUGCUAGAGCUCAUCAAUUGGUGAUGGAAGGUUAUAAAGAAAUGUUUAAUCAAGGAUUAGUUACCGUUUGGUCAGCCCCUAAUUAUUGUUAUCGAUGUGGAAAUAUAGCAUCGGUAUUAACUAUUGAUGAUAAUUUAAAUCGAGAUUAUAAAGUGUUCGAAGCGGCAACUCAAGAUGUUAGUUCUAUACCGUCUAAAAAGCCAGCUAUAGAGUAUUUUAUUUAG